AUUUCAAUGCUAGAAAUGAAUAUUCCUUCCUAUGUUAUGUUUUGAUUGAACAGACCAAAUGAGCUGUAAUAAAUUUUCCGAAACGGAUGUGUAUUUUUCCCUCCUUGUAUUGUAUGUAUUAUAUCAUCAUCCUCUCCUUCUCUUGUUUGCUUCUCUGCAAUUCCCUCACUCUCUCUCUCUCUCUCUCUGCAAAUUCUUCAAUCUCUGUCAACAACAAUGGACUCUGCCUCCGAAGAUUGCUCCGACAACUCUCAACGACCGGACCCUCACAACAACAACAACGACCAGCAAGUCUAUUUCGUUCCUCUCAGGUGGUGGAAGGAUGCUCAGGAUUCAAUGCCUGCUGCGGAUUUCGAUAAGACGAUAGGAAUCGUGUAUGCCUCUUUGCCAAGUUCUUCCUAUGCUGGUCCUAUGAAGAUCAUCAAUAACAUCUUCAACUCAGAUCUUGUCUUGAAUUUUCGGGGUGAGGACGAUUCGCAGCACAUUAGUGAAAACGGCGAAGUGGGUGUGUCUGGCCGGGACUUCGCAUUGGUGUCUGGGGAUAUGUGGUUGCAGGCACUCAAGUGGCAUAGUGAUUCAAAAAAUGCAACAAAGGAUGACAAAGGCUUUUCAGCUACUGACAGUGAUAUGGGAGAUGUAUAUCCUUUACAGCUCAGGCUUUCUAUUCAGACGGAAACAAGUUCAUUUGCAGUCAGAAUAAGCAAAAAGGACAAUGCAACUGAGCUCUUUAAAAGAGCCUGCAAAAUGUUCAGUGUGGAUUCAGAGAUGUUACGCAUUUGGGACUUUUCAGGUCAGAUAACCUUCUAUUUUAUGAAUGGAGAAUAUCAAGUCCCAAUAGACAGUCAAAGGCAGUCUGAUCAGGAGAUUCUUCUGGAGUUGCAAGUUUAUGGGUUGUCAGACUCAAUGAGAUGUAGAGAUAUGAAAAAAGAUGAGAUGCCAAAUUUUUCUAGCAGUGCUUCACUGAAGAUGAAUGGUACUGCAGAUAGUAUGAAUUCUGAUGGUUCGCAUGCCAAUUCAUUGACCAUCUCUUCAGGCCCUGGUGAAGCUGGUUCCUUGGGAUUAACUGGAUUACAAAACCUCGGAAAUACUUGCUUCAUGAACAGUGCACUACAGUGUUUAACACAUACACCAAAGCUUGUUGACUAUUUUCUGGAAGAUUAUGGUAGAGAAAUAAAUCAUGAUAACCCAUUGGGCAUGAAUGGUGAGAUAGCUUUGGCAUUUGGAGAUUUACUCAGGAAGUUAUGGGCUCCCGGUGCAAGUCCCGUGCCACCAAGAACAUUCAAAUCAAAGCUUGCGAGGUUUGCACCUCAAUUUAGUGGAUUUAAUCAGCAUGAUUCCCAAGAGCUUCUUGCUUUUUUGUUGGAUGGACUUCAUGAAGAUCUAAAUCGUGUUAAAUGUAAGCCUUAUGCGGAAGCCAAAGAUGGAGAUGAUCGUCCAGAUGAAGAGGUUGCUGAUGAGUAUUGGCACAAUCAUUUGGCUCGCAAUGAUUCCGUCAUUGUUGAUGUGUGCCAGGGGCAAUAUAAAUCAACAUUAGUUUGUCCUGUUUGUAGGAAGGUCUCUGUGACAUUUGAUCCAUUCAUGUACUUAUCAUUACCUCUUCCGUCAACAACAAUGCGGACAAUGACUUUAACUGUUGUGAGUAGCAAUUGUGAUGGAAAGUCUCAAUUAUUACCAUAUACAAUUUCUGUUCCCAAAAAUGGAAGAUUUGAAGAUCUUACCCGUGCUCUUGGCACUGCAUGCUCUUUGGGAGCUGAUGAGACAUUGUUAGUAGCUGAGGUAUAUAACAACUGCAUCAUACGUUUUCUUGAAGAUCCAUCUGACUCAUUGUCCUUAAUCAGAGAUGCUGACAAACUAGUUGCUUAUCGAUUUAUGAAAGAUAAUGGUGAUGCCCCUUUGGUCGUCUUUAUAAAUCAGCGGAUGGAAGAGCAGUACAUCCAUGGUAAAGCGGCUCCAAAUUGGAAGGCGUUUGGAAUUCCUGUUGUGGCUAGGCUGUGCAAUACAAUAAAUGGAUCUGAUCUCUGCAAUUUGUAUCUGAAGUGGUUCCGCUCAUUUCAAAUUUCAAUUGAAGAGGCCUUAGAAAAUUGUCUUGUGCCUGAGAAAACUGAAGAAGUUGCAGAAGUGCAGGGGGUCUCAACUCCUUCAGAUGAAGGAAUGGAGUUUUACAUGACAGAUGAAAAGGGAACUGUCAAGAAUUCCAAAAUAUUAAUGAAUGAGCCUCUAGCAAUAAAUGAAGAGUUAAAGCUGCUGCAUGUGCUUGUAUGUUGGUCAGAAAAACAGAUUAAAAAUUAUGACACACAGCUUUGUAGUUCAUUGCCUGAGGUUUUCAAGUCUUCCUUUUUAGCAAAGAGACCUCAAGAAUCAGCUUCUCUAUAUAAGUGCCUUGAAGCAUUCUUGCAAGAAGAACCUCUUGGACCAGACGACAUGUGGUACUGUCCUGGCUGUAAAGAACAUCGUCAAGCUAGUAAGAAGUUAGAUCUAUGGAGACUUCCUGAAAUUUUGGUCAUUCAUCUUAAGAGGUUUCAAUAUAGUCGUUACAUGAAAAACAAGCUGGAGACAUAUGUCGACUUUCCUGUAGAUAAUCUUGAUUUGUCAGCUUAUAUUGCCCAUGCGGAUGACAAGUCAUACAAGUACACACUUUAUGCUGUCAGUAACCAUUAUGGAAGCAUGGGAGGUGGUCAUUAUACUGCAUUUGUCCAUCAUGGUGGUGAUCAAUGGUAUGACUUUGAUGAUAGCCGUGUUUAUCCCAUCAGCAAGGAGAAGAUAAAGUCUUCAGCUGCCUAUGUUUUGUUCUAUAGAAGAGUUUUUGAAGUAUCAACAGAAUGAUAGAGUAGCAUAUAGUUCAAACAGAAAAUUGAAGCUAGAUAGAACCUUUGAUUAACAUUAUUUGCACCAUAGGGUACAGAGGGUGAACCCUAGCGUAAAGGUAAGAUAACUGCCAUUUGAAAGAGGAUCUAGUCAUGGUCAUGGAAAUAGUCUCUGCUCAUGGAGUUAAGAUUGUGCACAUCUAACCCUCUUAAGACCCUACAGGGGUGGGUGCAUGGUGCAUUGGACGCCAUUUUUUUAGUCUUACAAGUAUACUUAACCAGGUAGCAUUUUUUUGUGAUUUACUCUUUAGAAGUUUUGGGAUAGUUGGAGUUUCGUUAGGGAAGGAAUGGAGCUUUAAAACUUAGGGCAGUGCUAAAGAGGUUAGGGACAUACCCGUGAAAUGGAAGCAUUACAGCUGUUUAACCAUGUGAAGAGAAUCUCUGUUCUGAAGAGAAUUAAACCGAGUCCUGUGAAUUAGUAUUUCUUCAACUAUAUUUAUUUUCCUAUAUUGUUCUAUUGGAAAACCGUGAAAGAUGAUUUUCCAUUCAUUGAUGGAUAGUUAAAACUUUGCAGUUUAGCCA